AUGGCGUACGAACCCAAGGCUAAAACACAUAGUACAGAAGCCAUGGCGUACGAACCCAAGGCUGUCCGCGGACUGGGCUGGGCUAUGGUGGUCCUGGGGUCCCUCAGUGUGACGCUAGGAGUCGCUGCAGACAUCAACUUCUCCGCUAGGGGCGUGGGAGCUGUGGGACACUUCAUCAGCGCACCUAUCUGGAGCGGGCUGCUGGUCCUUACGACAGGCAUUCUGGGUGUUAACAGCGCAAAGAAACCAACAAAUAAGUGCCUGAUCGUAGCCUUCAUGGUUGUGGGUAUAUUCGUGAUCCUGACGUGUGUGUGCUGCAUCGCCAUAGCGGCAAUCGCAAUCGUGUGGAACCACUACGUGUACGCCUGCCGUCAACACGACUGGCGAGCAUACCACAUCGCACAAGAAGACUAUAAGAACAACCCGUCCCAAUACGAAGAACCAGACUUGUGGAACUUCAAGGCCUACGACUGCAGCGCGUCAGCCAUUGGCCUUCACGCCACGAACAUCGUCCUGGCCGUGAUUGAGAUCGUGCUCGGGUUCGCGGUGUCCAUCAUGAGCUGCGUCGGGCUCUGCACCAUGCGACGCGGUGCGGGACAGACAGUGAUUUACGCUGCAGGGCCGGUACCGGACGGAACGCAGGGAAACAUUGUGAUCAUGCAGGGAAACCCGGGUGUCCAGGGAAGCCAACCGCAGGUGUUCGUAGCCCAGAAUCCAGGUGCGGCAGUAACAGGCGCACCUGUCCAGCUGUACUACCCGGCCCAGAUGCCACCUGCCUACCAGGUGGAUUCAGGUGCAGCGCCAGGUGUGCAGGGUGAGAAGAAAGGCCCGAUACCUGCUGAUUCCGUGUGA